AAUAUAUUUUUCUUUUUCUCAGAAUUGCAAGAGGAGGGUAAGAAACAACGACAACGAGACAGUAAACGUCCAGACCUGCAGUUGUACAAACCUGGUUCUGGCCAUCCACGCAAACAUAAGGACAACUCAGAAGGAGCUGGCUCAUACCCUGUGCACCCACCGGAUGAUUGUGGUUUGGGUAAUGACACCAAAAUGCCUGACGGCUCACCUACCAGUCCUGGAUGCUCUCACAUCCCUGGUAUAGACAGUGGAGACUUUCCAAAUGAUGGUCAGCCUAAAACGAAUCAUAACACUAAAGGACACGUUGGUGGCAAGAACCACCUGCUUGUGUUACAAGAUGGAAAUGCUGUUAAAAGCAUUGAAGGUGCUGGUACGCCAAGGUCUCCGAAGCAGUCACGAAAGAUGCGAAAGCCAGACCGUGAGAUAUAUCAGCCAGGGGGGCGAAGGUCUCAAGGAAACAAAGAGACCGGGGCGAGCAAAGAAUUAGAUGGGGAUCAAAGACAAGAGGAAGAAGUGGGUGGGAAAUAUGUCGAAUCACUUACAAAGGGUGAGAAAGAGGAAAAGCGCAGAAACAGGCGUGGGAAAGAUGGCAGGAAAAAGCAAGAGUCCAAAGGAAGUGUAGACUCCCCCUCUGCGAACAGAAAUGAGAAUAAUGUCGAGAAUAUCACUAGUAACAUCAGCAAACUCCAAGUAGAGUCUGAGGAAGGUAGAGAUGUUGGUGGGCAGGAUGGUGCAAACCGGAGAAAACCUAGUGGGGAAGGACGAAGAAGCCAAGCAGGUGAAGAGAAUGGAGGAAUCGGAGAAGACAAAAAAAAGGAGAGGGGUAAUGGGAAAUCCAAACCAGGAAGGGAGAAAGGUAACAACCAGGUCUUUGUCAAAAAAGAGGAAGGGGAGGGAGGAGGGAAAGGUACAGAGGCAGCUCAGCCUGAAGGAAAAAGGCAGAGGAAUGUUGGCGCAAAGGAGGUGAGCCAUAACCAGAACAUGAACCGUGAAAAACAAAUGGGGAACAGGCCGAAAGAGAGAGGGAAACCAUGUGAGAGAACAGAUUCAAACCGAGUCAACGCUGCCUCAAAGCGAUACUCUCAGUCAGACAUCCGGCGACCUCGAAACCGCACAUACAGCACGAGUUCGGCCAGUAGCGGGACCAGUAUGGACGGUCUGGCUGAAGCUGAGAGACUCAGAGGAGAGGGUCGGCAGUUGUCAGCACGCGCUGUGGAGAGGACCACUGGACAGAGAGAGUUCGUCCGAGGGAACCUGGCCCGCCCGAGGAGACGGACAGCCCGGACCUUGUCCUCCACAGAUUCGCUGGAGGAAAAUGAGGCGUGGGAGCUAGCAGAUAGACGAGGCAGAGUUGCUGAUGAAGCCAAGAGCACCCACAGGGGUCCUGAAGGGGGCGGAAGAGGCCAAAGAGUGCCUGCGCCUUGUGGUCGAGGAGGAAUUUUGAGAGUUUCUUUGGACAAGCAUUCUAAUGAAGAGCAAGCGAGCCGAAAAAACCCUAGAGGUCGUGGGAGGGGAAUCCUAGUUCUUCCUGCCCACACUGAUCUAAGUUUAACCCCUGAGCCUGGGCCUGGGCCUCAGCUUCGAGGAAUGAGAGGAGGAAUGGGUCUGGGCCGAGGAAGAGGCGGCCGUGGAGGAGGGGCAAGACGACUUUGGGACCCGAAUAACCCGGAUAAGAAACCAGCGCUGGUGUCAAGCCAACAGUCCAAGCAUGCAUCUCUCCCGCAGGCUUUGUACUUGCAGCAGGGUGGAUGUGGGCCGUUGCACUUCCUGGAUACUGAUGACGAGACUGCAGGAAGUCCUCCUGUUCGCCAGGGAGAGUAUUUUCAAAACCAGCAAGCUGCUGCGAUGGCUUACUACAAAUUCCAGAAUUCCGACAAUCCCUACUGUUAUCCGUUACCAGCCAAUUCCCCAAACACCCCGCCACGCUAUCCAUACCCGUAUCACAUUCCCUAUCAAAUUCCUGGCUCUAAUGGCAUCUAUCCCACCUCUGCUAUGCCACCUUUUUAUGGACCCUAUGGGCAAGGUGGGCCAGGUUAUCCCACUCCAGCGGGAUCUAGUCUCACUCCAGAAGAGGCAGAGGUGCAGACCAGAGGAGAGCUGGGAAAGCUGCUUCGGCUGGCUGACAGUCAGGAACUCCAACUCAGUAACCUGCUGUCCCGGGAAAGACUGAGCCCAGAGGGACUGGAGAGAAUGGCCCAGCUCAGGGCUGAACUCCUGACGCUAUACGAGCGGGUGAUUUUGACAGACAUAGAGUUUUCCGACUCUCAAAACCUAGAUCAGGCCCUAUGGAAAAAUGUGUUUUACCAGGUGAUAGAGGGGUUUAGGCAGCUUCUGAAAGACCAGACCUCAGACACUGCCCCACAGAUCAAAACCAUGCUGAUGACCAUUCUGGAAGAGGGGGGAGUAUUCUUUGAUUCACUUCUACAGAAGUUGCAGACAGUGUUUCAGUUCAAGCUGGAGGACUACAUGGACUGCAUGGCUAUACGAGCAAGACCUCUACGCAAGACGGUCAAAUACGCUCUGAUCAGUGCCCAGCGCUGCAUGAUCUGUCAGGGCGAUAUCGCACGAUAUCGUGAACAGGCUAGUGACUCUGCUAACUAUGGGAAGGCCCGCAGUUGGUAUCUAAAAGCUCAGCAGAUUGCUCCGAAAAACGGACGACCCUACAACCAGCUGGCCCUUCUAGCAGUGUACACGAAGCGAAAGCUGGAUGCUGUAUACUAUUACAUGCGUAGUCUUGCUGCUAGUAACCCGAUCCUCACAGCCAAGGAGAGCCUGAUGAGUCUGUUUGAGGAAGCCAAGCGCAAGGCUGACCAGAUUGAACGCAGACGAAAGCAGGAUUCAGAUGGAGGUACCCAUGGUUCCAGAGGUCAUGUGGGUGGGCGUCGUGGCGAGGACGCCUCCCGUGUGGAGAUUUGGAUACGUCCGAGUGGGAAUCCGGGCACUUCUCGUCCAACAGGCAGUGAAUCUGGAAAGGACUCUGAGCAGGAUGGAGAGCUUGGAACUUUGAGUGCCAGUGAUCUCAAUAAGAGGUUUAUUUUGAGUUUCCUAUACACUCAUGGAAAGCUCUUCACUAAAGUAGGGAUGGAGAGUUUUCCUGCUGUAGCCAGUCGAGUGUUGCAGGAGUUUCGGGCUCUCCUCCAGCACAGCCCCUCCCCCCUCGGCAGCACACGCAUGCUGCAGAUCAUCACAAUUAACAUGUUCAUCAUCCAUAACGCACAGAUUAGAGCUGAAAGGCAGGGCGAAACUCGGUCUGUAUUGGAGGAGCAGACCAUAUCCCUAGGUUUAGCUAUGUUUGGUCUUCUUGUCCAACGUUGCACUGAGCUCUUGAAGGAAGCGCCUGCUGAGUCUAUCCCAGCAGAAGAGCUGGGGGAGUUUGAUGAGAUGGAUGACGAAGAGGGGAUGGUACGGGUGUCCUCCUUCCCUCCUGACCUGAGAGAGCUGCUGCCCAGCAUGAAGGUCUGGUCCGACUGGAUGCUAGGACACCCUGACAAGUGGAACCCUCCUCCCUGCAGUAUUCAGGGGAGUCCAGAUGUGUGGCAGUGUCUUGCAGAUCUUUGCAACUCUUUCUCACACGUGUAUCACGGUGAGGUUUUGCUGUAUAAAGCUGAUGCGGAUGGAGAAGGAGACGAGGAGCUCAGAGUCCUGCAACUGGAGGAGGACAAAAUGCUCUCUGGCUUUGUCCCGCUGCUCGCUGCCCCACAGGAAGCCUGCUAUAUAGACCAAGGAACAGAUGCGGCUAUAGCAGCUGACUGUAAGAGAGUGACCGUUCUGAAAUACUUCCUGGAAGCUCUGUGCGGGCAGGAAGAGCCGCUGCUGGCUUUUAAGGGAGGAAAGUACAUUUCCAUGGCAACACCUCUUACAGCCGGCUCAAAUGCCGAGAACAAGAUGCAAACGCAAGAACUGGAGGAUGAUGUCAUUGUGGAGGAAUCGUCUCUCUCUGCUUCAGAAGGGGAGAUCGAUGGAGAGAUUGAAGGAGACGUAAGCGAGGAUGAUAUCAGAGAGCUGAGGGCACGGCGCCACGCUCUCACACACAAGCUGGCACAACAGCAGAAACGCAGGGACAAGAUUCAGGCUGUUCUGCAGAUGGGUGGGCAGCUGGAGAUUGAGAUCAGGCCAUUCUAUCUGGUCCCUGACACAAACGGCUUCAUAGAUCAUCUGGAGGGCCUGAGGAAGCUUCUGGCCUGUGGGACGUACAUUCUGGUUGUGCCUCUUAUCGUGAUCACAGAGUUGGACGGUCUGGCUAAAGGGCAGGACAGUCGUGAGGGGAUCAGUAAUGGUGCCCAUGCCCGACAGGUGCAGGAGAGAGCCAGAGCAGCGGUCAUGUGUCUAGAGAAAGCCUUCGAGUCUAAAGAUCCCUGCAUCAGAGCGCUCACCAGCCGAGGAAACACACUGGAGUCCAUCGCCUUCCGCAGUGAGGACACCUCUGGACAAAAGGGCAACAACGAUGAUGUCAUCCUGUCCUGCUGUCUCCACUACUGUCAGGACAAAGCCAAGGACUUCAUGCCUGUGGAGAGAAAUGGGCCGGUGCGGUUGCGCAGGGAGGUGGUCUUGCUCACGGACGACCGCAACCUACGAGUCAAAGCUCUCACACGCAACGUUCCGGUCCGAGACAUCCCCGCCUUCCUGAUCUGGGCUAAAGUAGGCUGAACCGCAGACCUGACCUACUGCUGUACAAACCAAUCAUCCUCCACUGAGGAAAUGAUGUCACAGAGAGAGGAUGAAUAUAAAGGGGAAA